GGGAAAUAUAAACGCCAAAAAUAAAAAAGCGCGCACGCGCGCGGGAAAAUUUUUUUUCGCGAUGCGGUUUUUUUUUGCGUGUUUAUGACUACAACUUGCAUCGUUUUAGACAAUAAAAAAGAAUACGACCUUUGGGGUGUCAGUGCCCCUUUAAAUAGUGGCUGGAGUUUCCUUUCCAAACACUUUCUCUCGGAUGAGCCUGGAGUCGGCCCAGGUUGCAGUCGCCCACAGCCAUGUUCCGUUACGUCGUGUUCCUGCUGAUCGUCAGCGCUGUGUCCUGCCAGCGCGGGAAAGCCGUGUAUAAACCUUGUGGCGGAUCGGGCAAGCUCAUCAGCGUUGAGGUCGAGCCCUGCGACUCCGAUCCGUGCGUCUUCAAGAUGGGGACAGACGCCAAGAUUCACGUCACUAUGGUUGCUGACCAGGACAGCGAGACGGCGACACUGGACGCCAGGGUGAAGGUGUUCGGCUUCCAGAUGCCGGUGCCUGGCAUCGAGACGGACCUCUGCAAAGGCACCGUCGAGUGCCCCGUGGUCAAGGGACGGACGUACAAUGCCACCGCCGUCUUCCCCGUGCCCUCUCUGAUGAGUAUGAAGACUGAAGUCACUUUCAAGGUGAUUGGCGACAAGGGACUCAGCAUCUGCGGCAUAGCUGACAUCAUCAUCGAGUGAACAUCGCACCCGGGCACCUCGCCGCAGUCUUCCGCCGUCAUCUGCAGAUCUCAAACAAACCCACAUCGUUCCGUGACGUCAUGUUGCAGCGGUGAGGAUGUCAACAGCGUGCAAGGUCGCCACUGAAACUGCUUCACGCCGAGACACCGACUCGCACGAUCAAGGAUGCUCGGUCGUGCUUCAUUUUGUUUCAUAAACAACAAGCGUAAGAAAGUCAA